GAGGUUUUGGGCGGGCAGUCUGCAUUUUUUUCAAGCUCUCAUUAUGCUGCACCAGUAUCUCCAGAUGCUGUUCCCAGGGAAUUGAGCUGCUUUCUAUUUAAAACUGCAAAGAGCAAUGGAGAGUUUAGGCAAAGACCAUGCUCAUUCGGACUCUUCCCUGCCACCUUCUGCAGCCCGUGAGGAGUAUGCUGUGCCAGAUGUCAUCAUCACCCACCGCUUGAGGGACCGGGAGCUGCUCCGGAAAAGAAAAGCAGAAGCCCAGGAGAAAGACUCAAUUCAGUGGGUUCUGAGGGAGCAGAAGAACAAACGGCAAAGGAGAGGCAGAGGAGCCAGGCGAGGACGGGGCCACCAGCCGGCAGUGGAGCCCAGCCCGGAGCCAGAACCAGAGCCAGACCCUCAGCUUGACCCACAGGAGGAGGCUGAGCCAGCGCCCUCCAAGCUGGCUCUGCCGGAGCCACUGCAUCAAGAACAGCCGCCCGUGCUGACCAUGCAGGACCUGGUCAGUGGGAUGCAACCGGGAGCGGCGGAGGGGGAGCUGGCAGCCAGGAGCCAGGAUCCUGCAGGUGAAGAGGAGGUGCUGAAACCAGCAGAAGCAGAAAUACCAGAAGAUUUGAAUACUCCUCUGGAAAAUGACAACGAGGAUAAUGAAUACAGCACACACGUUCUAUUUUAGCUUUCUGUUUGGUAUUUCUUUUUAAUGUUUUGACUGCUGCCUGACAAACUCUGAUAGGUACUGCAGAGUGAUUUUGACCAGCUCCUUCCUUGUCAGUAAUAAAGCGCACACUCU